GCUUAACGCUUUAAUUUCAUUUAGCAGUUGAUUAUGUUAUGAGAUUUGAAUUUCUUUCUAGAUAUAAAACAAUACAAAGAUGAAGUUCUUCGCAGUAUUUGCCUUGUUGGUCGCCAGCGUGUGCGCAGGCUCUGUACCUGAACCCGUUCAGGCUGAAUCUGAAAUAGCGCUCAAGCAGCAGAGGAUAGUCGUCAAUAUCAUCUCUAGCCUCAUCGAGGAUCUGAUUCUGUCCAUCCAGGAUGCUGGUUUGGACCCCAUGCACAUUGAACAAGAAAAAUACGAAUGGGCUCUUCCCGUACCAGCGAUUUUGAACGCCAAUGCGAUUGUGGAGAAUGUCCGAAGCAAUGGCCUUAGUAACAUCGUCAUCAAUCGACUUAGCUUCGCUACCUUGACCACUAGACUUAACUUCGACAUUGAGCUUCCCCGCGUCGAGUUUUCAGUCGGUGGCGCUAGUGCUCAAGUCUCCACCUUCGGUGCUAAAGUAGAAGGCAGAGCUCACGGAAGACUCGCUAUUUCAAGAAUUCGCAUCGUUGGAGAGGUGCGCGUCAGCCUUGGCAUCAUCUCUGGCAUUUCGAUCCGCAACCUCAGACUGGACUUCACCUUGGGAGGAAUUGAGUCUGACCUGAACGUGGUCAUUCAGGGGCACGACAUCUCUGAACCCUUGAACGACUUCAUUGGUGUGAGGAUCCCGAGGGCGCUUCACUCACACAGGGCUGAAGUUAACGAACUGCUCGAAAUCAUUGUCCUGGAAAUCCUUGAAGAGAUUUUGUAAAAUACCAACCGCUGAUUAAAUGAUAUUAAAUUUUAUACACUAUG